AUGGAUUUACCUGAAUCGUCAGCAGGUCCUGCACAUCAUGGCCUGUCAAUUUCUUCACUUCUCAAUCCAUCUCCUGUGGUCGCAUCCUCUGCCGCAGCAUCCUAUAAGCAGGGUACAGUUAUCACGACUUCCCCAUCCAAUGGGCCCUCGCUUUCGGCCUCUCUUUCUUCAAGGAGUCGACCCAGGGAAGACGAGAUCAUAUCUUCACCCAGAAAGAUAUGUUGGAUCAGAGACUAUCAGCCUAAUCCAGGUCAUAAUCUGCUUUGGCGUACCAGGAUGUAUGCUUCCAGCAAAAUCCUGACCCAGGAUGUGAGGAUCGCCUUCCUAGAGCAUCAAUUAUCGAGUCAAGAUCAAGGAAUUCAUUCAUCAGCUACUCUGGAAGAAGUUGAUGUCGAGAUGAACAACAAUGAGAGAGAACUAAUAACAGCUCAAAUGUUGCACAUCCAGAGUGAAAAUGCAAGUUUACGAGCUGCAAACGAACAUUUUACACAACAACUUACCAAUCAACAAGCACAAAUGGAUUUUCAGAUUCAAAUGCUAGACAAGGAAAAAGAGUCGUUCAGAGAUGCUUUUCAAGCCCUAGAUAGUGCCACAAAUGAAAAGACCGAUGCAAUCAUGGCUUUAAGAUCUUCUGUUACUGCCAUGGUAAGACUAGUUUUCUUGACCAUUACUUGCGGUUCUCACGAGGAAAAUAAGCAGCAAUUGGGGAGUCACCAUAUCAAAUUGUUGGUUCUUCGAAAUGUAGCCACUCCUGCUGCCAUUACUACCACUACAGCACCUCCUGCUGAGGGUUCAGCAGUCAUUGUUUCAUCCGCCGCGGCUCUGCCACCACAUGUCACGUCAGUGGAGGUGCCUGCUGCCUCUGUUACCGCUACUACAGUACCUCCUGCCAUACCAGUGCAAGCUGCCGUUGUCCCACCUGCUGUAGCUCAGUCGCCGCCUGAUAUACCUGGUCAAGCAGCUGCAGCUGCCAUUACCAUCAUGGUGCCUCCUGCCAUGCCAGCUCAAGCAACUGUAGUUUUGGCUGCCAUUGUCCCAUCUUCUGUCACCCAGCCACUGCCCGUUAUGUCAGUGGAAGCGGCUACUACCUCUGUUACUGCUGCUACAACAUCUCCAGUACCAGCGGUCACUUCAGCAGCCAUAGUCCCACCUGCUGCUGCUCCACCACCGCCUGCUGCUGCUCUGCCACCGCCUGUUGUGCUCGAUCAUAUCUCUGAGACCUCAACUCUUGUACAGGCCAUGCAGAAUAAUGACUGGUCAGCCUCAGAGGUCUCGAAAUCAGAUGCUGUCAAUGUAUUGACCACAUUGAUGAGGGCUUUGGGUAUCGAACAAGCCACUGUUCAAGGAAGUCGUGUUUCCUCUCAGACCCCUAAAUACGGGAAACUGUACCAACAAAUACUGCGCAAGUUCAAGCCCCAAGUCAAUCAUCCUGACGAACUUCUCUGCAAGUCUGCAAUAAGGAGUUUCUGGAGAUUUGUAUAUGGCGUCGACAGAAUCAGCGACUUUGUCACUUACGAACCCGUAGAUUUGGAGAGGGUCAGCAUCUUUGUGGUCGAGAAGGUGGACAGUCCUGGUGAAGAUACUACCUUGGACUUUGGUGAGGGAUGGAACCAUUCUCAGUGGAACAUCGCGAUCAUGAAAAACCUAUUGAAAAAGCUCAAGGCGAUGAUGUGCUCGGUAACGGCAAGUGACAAAAGGCUAGUGAAUGGAUAUGAACACCACAACACCAAAACCCUCUACUACUCUACACUAAUCACCAAUAUUAUUGAGUUCGGGUGUUUCGAGUACGAUAGAAGCACUCUGCAGACUUCAACAAAUCAGGGAAAGGUUGUUUAA